UGCGCCCAUUCUUCGAAUUCAGAGACAUGUACGACGUCUCAUUCCUCCAGAAGCAGUCGCGCCUAAGGAUAGACGACGCCCAUACCUUGCAACGUCGAUAAAUGGAGGUCCUCAGCGUCCAAUUGCGCACCAUCCGACCCUUUUCUCAGCUCUCCUUAUUGGAGGGACUGGAGGCCUAUCUGCCCGCUAAGAAUCGAGCAUUGUUCAAACAGCUCAGCGUUGCCGGACGAUCGAACCUAAAAACGGACGAGCUGGAAAUCGGCAUCGCCCUGUACCAACGAGCGAUAGCAAGACGCAGAGAGGACUUAGCGAGCGAGUUACGGCGCCUGGCGAGCCUGUAUCAAGGCUUCCCACGGCUGAUGAAGGCGCCCUUUGCCUUUCAGAACUCAAAUCCGAGCGUGCACUAUGUACAUCGGCAGUUCCGCAGCCGAGCGCGCCAGCUCGAGAAGGCUUCUCUAUCCUUAUAAAACCGCGGCGACUGCCGCACCUUGAUUCACGACGAGUUCCCAGCACUCGUGCCAUACGACUGGACCCUACGCUUCUUUGUGACAGUGAUGGAAGAAGGCCUGGUCCUAAUUGAUGACAAGUGUUGAUUCAUUCUUGAU